AUGUCCGCCAUGAUCAGGAGAUUUUCGUCUGCACGACUUCCACCGGAACUGAAAUUGACCAAUCAAUGGGCUAGAAAAUCCAAGAUGUCAGCCCCCAUGAAGAGCAUGUUUUCCUUCCAAAAACAUCUUAAAUUCAAAGAUUUUGGGGUUGCCAGCCGUUUGAAUUGGCUUAGAUCAUGUAGACUCAUCUCAACCGUUGCAAAGGAUACUACUUUGGAGCUUGACCCCCAGUUUGAAGAUUUCAGAAAUGGACUUGCAAAAGGAAAAGUGUUCUCGUACAGAAAGCACCCUGGAGUGAUGAACUUGAAAAGAAUUAUUGUGCCAGUUAAACUAGAGACGACAAUGAAUAAAUUAAUGAAUGUGUUUGAAGUGCGAGAUGUUGACAAACUUUCUGCCAAACUUGGGCAGUAUCUCUGGUCAAGACAUCUUCCAGCCGAGGCGGAGAAUUUGAAGAUGACAGCCAUGAAGCUGGAGGCAGAAGAGAUAAAUGAUAUGUCAAGUUUUGACGCUAUGUCUCCUGAGGAACAAUACAAAUGUUUCAACGAUCGAAAAAACAGGGUGCUGAAAAAGUUAAAGAACUCCACUUAUCGUUGGGAAUCUAUACGAUUUGAUGCUCAUAAUUCAAUAGUAUACAUGGCAGCAAGAAUGGUUCAGGAGUAUAGCGUAUUGCUUAGAGUAUUGACUGAGAUUUCUAAAAGAGUGCCAGAUUUUAAACCAGAGACUUUCUUUGAUUUUGGUUCAGGGACAGGCUCUGCUAUGUGGGCUGCUAAUACCGUUUGGACCAACAGUUUGAACGAGCACUAUUGUGUGGAUGUGAGUGCUGAUAUGAACACCUUGGCACAGCUUCUUUUACAAGAUGGAAAUGACCAAGGGGAUAUGUGCUUCAAAGGAGUUGCCUUCAGACAGUUUCUCCCUGGUUCGCAUAAGAACAAAUACGAUUUAGUCAUCAGUGCCUACUCGUUGUUUGAGUUACCCAGUGCAAGUGAGAGGCGUAAGGUAAUAGAGAAUCUCUGGAAGAAGACGGAUGGCUACCUCGUGAUUGUGGAACAUGGAACAAAUGCAGGUUUUAAAGUAAUCUCGGAGGCAAGGGAGGCAGUGCUGAGGAUGUCCAGUUUAGAAAGCUCGGGAGAGAAUCAUUUAACCCCAAUGGAGAAAAAGGAAGAGGUCAGCUUGGUGGGUCGCAUUUUUUCCCCAUGUCCUCAUCAGAGUAGGUGUCCUAGAACAAAUGAUAAAACACCAUGCAACUUUGAUGUUGGUUAUAAACCAUUAGAAUACUUGAUGAAAGAUGGAAAGAAAUUGGAGCGGUUUUCAUACAUUGUAUUCAAGAAAGGAAAAGAACAGUCUCUAUCAUCGUCUUGGCCUCGAGUGAUACGUCCCGUCUCCCUGCCAGCUCGUCAUGUUCACUGCAGACUCUGCUGCCCGAAUGGUAAACUUGAACAUCACAUAUUGACCGCCAAGAAAAAUGGACAGGAUCUGUACAAAUGUGCCCGAGCAUCUGGGUGGGGUGACUUGCUACCCGCUAAUCAGAUUCCAGCGGUUGACAAAAAGACGUCCAGGACAUCAGACGGAGUCGAUGUUGAUAGACAGUUUGAAGCAGAUGAGAGUGUCCGUGAUUUUGAAGAUUCAGCAGAAUCAAGUUCAUCUGAUUUACCAAACGUUCUUACUCAUAAUGAUUCAUGGUCAUCGAUAGUCAAUCAUACAUACAGAGAGGAGCCAUUAGAAAAGAUGGACAGUGAAGAAAUUGACACGCUUAAACCUGUGAUGUGAGAACAGUGCAGAGGAAUUGGAAAACAUAUUUUUGACGUGGCAAUGCGAUGAGAUGCGAUCAGCUUGGCUUGUGUGACCGUUGUGAAGACUCAAAAGUCUUCGCUUGAUCUCUUAAAUCGUGUGGGGUGUUGGAACUGGGAAAUUGAAAAACAGUGCUGUUAACAACUUUACUUUUGCUGCCCUCAAUGUUUGUGAAUGCACCAUUUUGAGUUUUUGCUUUCCUUUAUUUCCUCUAAUGGGUUCAUUUUCCAAUGAUAAAACUACAAGUAAUGAUAAAUCCAUCAAGUUAUAAUUUUCACACCACUGAAGUUUUAACCCCUUGCUGCGGCAGCCAUUUUUCGGGUAGCGCUGCCAUGUGCUGACGGUCGAUACCAAUUAUAAACAGUGAAAUUAACAUUCAUGGGUUCACUCUUUUGUUGCCUCAUGUGAGAACAAUGUCCCUAGGUUAUUUCAUUCAAAGGGUUGCCAUAUGGAUUUGUGAUGUAGCAUCCGUGUGUCACACCAAUGUUGGAUUACAUCUAAUGAGCAAAAAUGUUAAUAUUUGUAAAAAUGUAGAUACAUGUA